AUGGAGUGGUUUUUAAAUGUUGUUCUCGUCCUUGUGAUGGGUCUCCUGCUGGUAGUAAAAGGAUCAAUGAUACAGCUGAAUGGCAAUGGAUAUGAUGGCAUCGUUAUAGCAAUCAAUCCCAGUGUGCUUGAGGAUGAAAAACUCAUUCAAAAAACAAAGGAAAUGGUAACAGAGGCUUCUACUGUCCUCUUCCAUGCUACAAAUAAAAGAGCUUAUUUCAGGAAUGUGAGCAUCCUAAUUCCCAUGACAUGGACCUCAAAACCUGAAUAUCUAAUCCCUAAACUGGAAUCCUAUGAGCAGGCAGAUGUCAUAGUUGCUGAUCCAUACCUGAAAUAUGGAAAUGAUCCCUAUACCCUACAAUAUGGACAGUGCGGAGAAAAAGGAAGAUAUAUACACUUCACUCCUAACUUCUUGCUAGGAGAUAAUUUGAAUAUCUAUGGACCCCGGGGCAAAGUGUUUGUCCAUGAAUGGGCCCAUCUUCGGUGGGGAGUUUUUGAUGAAUACAAUCUUGACCAGCCAUUCUACAUUACCAGGCAGAAUACUAUUGAAGCGACAAGAUGUUCAAGAAACAUUGCUGGUGUUAACAGAGUAUUGAAAUGCAGUAAUAAGAGCUGUGCAAUCAAGAUGUGCAAAACCAACCGAAAGACAGGAAUGUAUGAAGCAAAAUGUCAGUUCAUACCAGAGAAAUCCCAGUCUGCAAAGGCAUCUAUAAUGUUUAUGCAAAGUCUAGAUUCUGUAGUAGAAUUCUGUACUAAAAAAACACACAAUCCAGAUGCACCCAACCUACAGAACAAAAUGUGCAACCACAGAAGCACAUGGGAAAUCAUCAUGGCCUCUGAGGACUUUAGAAACUUAUCUUCAAUGAGGAGAACACACUCUCCACCUCCACCUAUGUUUUCUUUGCUGAAGACCCAGGAGCGUAUAAUCUGCUUGGUUCUUGACAAAUCUGGAAGCAUGAGUACUGUAAGGAAGCUUUUUAUUUCAUUAAACUCAUCUCAGGCAGCUAAAUUGUACCUAAUUCAAAUUGUUGAAAAGGGAUCUUGGGUUGGAAUGGUCACAUUCGACAAUGUUGCUAAGAUCCAAAAUAAUCUAACACAAAUAAUCCAUGAAAAUGCAACCCAAGAAAUCAUCAGGAAUCUGCCUAAAAAUGCUGAUGGUGGAACUUCAAUCUGCGGGGGACUCAAAGCAGGAUUCCAGGUAAUUACCCAAAGUAGCAGAAGUACUUCCGGUUCUGAAAUAGUUUUACUAACAGAUGGAGAAGACCAUGACAUUAGCACUUGUUUUAAUGAGGUCAAACAAAGUGGAGCCGUGAUUCACACUGUUGCUUUGGGACCAGAUGCUGCCAAAGAGCUAGAGAAGCUGUCAAUUAUGACAGGAGGCUAUAAAGUCACUUCCUCAGCAAAUAUGAACAACUUCAUUGAUGCUUUCAGCAGAAUGAAAUCCAGAAGUGGCAACCUCUUUCAACAGGCUAUUCAGCUUGAAAGCAAAGGUUCAACACUCAAAUUCAAGGAGUGGAUGAAUGGCACAGUAGUUGUGGAUAGUACCGUUGGAAAUGAUACUUUCUUUGUUAUCACAUGGACACAGAGCAUUCCCAAAAUCUAUCUUCAAGACCCCAAAGGAAAGGAAUACCAUAAUGCAGAUUUUUCAACUGAUAAGGAUAACAAUAAGGCUGCUCGUCUCCAAAUACCAGAUCCUGCAGAGACAGGAAACUGGAUUUACAAACUUCGAAAUGAAAAUAACUCCCCCGAAGACAUAGCCCUGACCGUGACCACUCGAGCAAAAAGUCCUGUUGUCCUCCCAGUGAUUGCAACUGUGCACGUGAGCCAAAGUACAGGCCAUUUUCCUAAUCCAAUGACUAUUUAUGCUCAAGUUAGUCAAGGAUUUUUGCCUGUUCUUGGAGUAGAUGUGAUGGCCAUUAUAGAAACAGAAAGUGGAUUGCAAGAGACCUUAGAGCUCUGGGACAAUGGAGCAGGUGCUGAUACCAUCAAAAAUGACGGCAUCUACUCAAGAUAUUUCACAAGCUAUCAUGAAAAUGGCAGAUACAGUUUAAAAGUACGGGUACAGGCAAGAAACAAGACAGCCAGGCUUGGCAUGAGAUCACAGCAGAGCCGAGCUAUGUAUGUGCCAGGCUACGUGGAACAUGGUGAAAUUAAACUGAACCCACCAAGACCUGGAGUCAAAAACAAUGAAAUGGAAGUGAAGCUAGAAGAUUUCAAUCGAAUAACCACGGGAGACUCAUUCGUCAUGUCAGGAGUCCCUUCUAAACCCAUUCCAGAUAAGUUCCCACCCGGUAAAAUUACUGACCUUGAAGCUAGGUUCCAAGCAAAUCACAUUCUUCUCUCAUGGACAGCUACUGGGAAUGACUUAGAUAAAGGAAAAGCAUCUGGUACUCUCCCCCUGUCUUUCUAUUUCUCUCUCCCUUCCCAAUUGCUUUCCCCCCUUCUCUUUCAUACACAGUUUCUUUCCUCUGCUUCUUCCAAAUAAUUCUUUUUUUAAAAACUGGUCACUAUAUGGAACCAAAGAAUAAUAGUG